UAGGGUUAGGAAUCCCCAAUCCCAAUCCAUCCCCUUGCGGCGCGGCGUGCCCCUCUCCUCCGGAUCCGCGCACCGUUCGUGGCUCUGAUGGGAUGUGACUGCAGCAGGAGCAGGUAUACGGUACCUCUCCCCCUCUUGCCUCUGGAGUACGUAAUCUUUUUUACAGCAGAUUUCUACGUUACGGAGUGGAUUUGCGGCUCGAUUUGGUAGGUUGGGCGGCUUGCUUUUUGGGCGAGAUUUCUCGCAACCGCACGAGAGAGAAGAUGUUUUGUUUCCAGCAGGUCCUCUGCUGCGUCUGACACAACGAAAAGUAGAUGGGAAAUGCAGUCGGGCUGGCACGCCAUGACUGAACAUACUGCUAGUUGUUUUCUUUAAAGGAGAAAUACGGAUAUGUCUGAACCGAUUCAUCCACGAGACAUGGCAUGAUUCUUGUAGGCUAACCAUCGUUGCUGCCCUCGACAAUGGAUUACCCAAUCCACCAAGCGAGCAACACAAGAUAGUAUUUGGUUUGUGGGAAGAGAUGGGACGGAGCGGAUCCAUUCUGUUUUUGAGUUGUUUGGAUGGAGAGUAGUGAGAUGGAAUGAUUCGGAAUCAGAGAAUAUUCUUCAAAGAUUUAGGAUGGAGCCGUUCCAAAAAAAUAGUGGAACACAUACAUCCUACUUCGAACGUGACACUGACGGUGGGCUUGAGGUACUAAAAUAGACUUGUUUCAUCCCACCUAUCAAACAAGCAUCUAUAUAUGAAUAGAAUCAUCCCAUCUUGAAAUAUAUGAAUAAAAUUAUCCUAUUUCACCUCGCUCUCCAACCAAACACUACCUUACAUCCCCUGUAGAUAAUGCUCGGCACAAAAUCAUCCAAGUGCUAGUCUAGUUUAAACCAGUUGAUGACACACUUUAGCACCUGCUUAUUUAUUACAGCAUCUCCAGCAGGGUUGCUGUCCGACUCGCUAUAGGCAAAUUUAGACAUCGAGCACAAAACGUAGCUCCAGUAGAGCAGUCAUACCCUCGCCAUCACUGUAGCCUCACCAUCCAGCUCCUUCGGCUCGCCAAGUUUAGCUACCCAAUAUAGCCUCGACAUCCGCAAAUCGUUCCCGCCCCCGUGCACCGUUCCGGUGCACAGCUGUCUACAUUCCCGUGCAUGGUAACAGCUUAAAGAGAGAUAAAAAGUAAUUGAAGUUAGGAAUAUGAUAACUAUUAGAGACAAAAAAAAAUAUAAAGUACUCUAAUAGUAUUAGAUGAUGCUAUAAUAAUAAUAAUAUUAUAAGUAUAAAUUUUUAAAAUAUAUAAUGAAAAAGGCCUUAGCAAGCAUUAUACGCAGCCUAGGGUAUUUCGCCCCCUCCCUUUUCCCCCUCGAGCACUCCCGAGCGCGCCGCCACUUCCCCCUCGAGCACUCCCGAGCCAUGUCUCAGCUUCUACGUCGCUUGGGUCGCCAUCUCCCAUGGGUGAUGGCCGCGGCUCCACACCGCCGCCCCUGGGAAGCCCCCUCUGCCUGUGUCUGCCCGCGGCCACAGGUUGUAUCUGGCCUUCACUCACUGUCGGGAGAGUUCAACAAGUUUCACGCAGGCCAACCCCUCCGUUCUGCCCUAACGUUACCAGCUUUCCGAUAUAACUCUACGCAGUUCAUCGCGUCUCGAGCUUACUCAUCUUCUUCGGAGGAGGAGUACCUUCGCCUGGUGAAGGGGUUGCAUCAGGAGUUGGUGAAGCUUAACGAUGAUGUAAGUGUUAUGCAAAAUGUGGUUCUGAUGUUUUUUGGGAUCUUGCUUGCUGCCACUGUGGCCCUGCCAGUGGAGAUCAGCAUGGCAGACGCCAAAAACACCUCUAUGGCCACUGACUUCAAGCAAGGAAUGGUCAAACUAGACGCUCUGCAGAAAGAAAUCACUAAACUGAUGGACCUGAAGGACACACCGGGACCAGCUGAUGCCUCGGGGACACCGUCGGCUGCUGAGCCUACCCCCAGUGCUGAGCCUACCCCCAGUGCUGAGCCUACCUCGUCGGCUACUACUUCAUCUGGCUCGUCUUGAUUCUCUUGCUGUGUUUGUCUAGCAUAUUAGGAUUACCAUGUUACCGCCACAAUGUUAUUACCUUGUCAUCCUGGAAUGGUUGGCUCCGAUAUGUUGAUACGGUGUAUGAUGGUA